UCAACAUGUUAUUAUUAUACAUAUUCAAAUGUCAAAUAAAAAGGAAAAAUUUAUUCUCGAUGUUGCUAUCACUAUACUUGCUUUGUAUUUGAGAGUUGAGACAACUGUUUCCGCGUUUUUGGGUUUGAGCUUCCGAGGCUGAAAUAUUCCCUGGAAUUUGCUAAUCCUAGAGAGAGAAACAAAAAGGUAAAGGGUUUCUGGGAUUUUUACAGUUGGGUUAUCUUCCUUUUUUUUUUUUUUUUCUUUUUUUUUUUUUUCUCCCUUUCUUUUGGAUGGUUUGUGUAUUUUGCAUUCUACAUUUGGGACAUUAGUGUUCAUAUAUGAAUUUUGGUGUCACUUGAUUACGUCUUUGCUGAUCUGGGUUCUUGUGCGAACCUGUUUAACUGAUCUGGGUGACUGGGUUUUGCUUGAAACGGUGAUUAGUGAUCUGGGUUUUGCUCUACGAGUGUUUGGUUUUCUGGGUUUUGCUCAGAAUUUGUUUUGGUGAUCUGGGUUUUAAUCUGGAGAAGGAUAUUUGAUUUCGCGUGAAGUGUUCGACGAAUUGCCUGUUUGGCUGGUGGAUUUUGUUUUCAUUUUCUCAGAGACUGGGAAUUUUGAUUACUGGCUUCCAAACUGGUUUAUAGAAGAGGUCGUGCGGUCUGUGGACUCUAUGUUAGAUAUAUAAAAAUUUGAACUUGACACUGGAUAGUGUGAUCUAUAAAAAAAUUCAGAUUUUGGCUGUUGGAUUUUGAUUGUUAUUGAGAAAUGAGAAUGAUAGAUGAGAGAUUUUGAUUUGCCUAAUAAUAGUGAAUCUUGAGAAACUAUCAUGGAAGGCUGGAGAUUUUGGUGACAUUAUAUUGGCAAUUGCUUAAUUUUUGUUAGUUUUGGAUACUGAUCAGAUGGCGAGUCCGAAUUCUCCACCCUCUGCUGUCCCACCGGAUUCCACCACUCCUCCACCACCACAGCCUUCAUCUCCUCCUUCAGACCCUUCUGCAACUCCACCGUCUUCGCAGCCCAACGCCAAUCCACCUGACACGGCAACACCUACUACUCCAUCCGAGCCACCCCAAUCCACUACUACCGCUAAUGUGACAUCUCCUCCUCCGGCCUCACCAUCACCCCUAUCACCACCACCUUCUUCUCUAGCGUCAUUGCCGCCUACAACAUCACCCCCUCCUCCACCUGUGACACCUCCUCCGUCUACACCUAAUGCUCCACCCCCAUCCUCCAAUUCUACUCCACCUCCGUCGACAAAUUCACCAGGAAGUUCACCUCCUCCUCCAUCAUCAAGUCCCCCAACUAGUUCACCUCCACCUCCAUCAUCUCCUCCCCCAACUAGUUCACCUCCUCCUCCAUCAUCUAAACCACCAGGAAGUUCACCUCCUCCUCCAUCAUCUACUCCCCCAACUAGUUCACCUCCACCUCCAUCAUCUACUCCCCCAACUAGUUCACCUCCUCCUCCAUCAGCUGAGCCACCAGCUAGUUCACCUCCUCCUCCUCCAUCAGCUGAGCCACCAGCUAGUUCACCCCCUCCUCCAUCAGCUGAGCCACCAGCUAGUUCACCUCCUCCUCCUCCAUCAGAGCCUCCAAAGAAUUCACCUCCUCCACCAAUGCCAAAACCUCCAGUGAGUUCACCUCCACCUCCAUCAUCACAGCCGCCUCAAAAUUCUCCACGUCCACCAUCAUCACAGUCUCCUCGAAAUUCUCCACCUCCACCGUCAUCACCUCCACCUGAAAAUUCACCUCCACCACCAGCAUCUCAAACACCUGGAAGUUCACCUCCACCACCAGCAUCAACCCCACCUGAAAAUUCACCUCCUCCACCAGCACCAAGACCGUCUAGUAAUUCUCCCCCACCUCCUGGGCUUACUCCUCCAUCUGUUUCUCCCCCAAUUUCUCCGCCCUCCUCAAACCCUCCUUUAAAAUCAUCACCACCGCCUCCCUCACUUGUGUCUCCACAAUCCCCUUCUCAAAAUCCACUUCCACCAUCAGGUAAUCCGACUACAAACACUUCUAGUGGUAAUGCACCAGAAAUUUCAAGCUCCUCAGGUAAUGGGGGCCUUGGUAUUGGAGGUUCAGUGGCUAUUGGUAUUGUAUCAUUUUUCAUACUACUUGGUUUCAUUGGAACGGCUUUCUGGUGCGUGAGGAAGCGAAAGAAAAGGGUUUCUGGACUCAAUGGCGGUUAUGUUCUGCCUACAUCGCUGGGCCCUUCCCCACAAUCAGAUUCUGCCUUUAAGGCACAGACAACAGCACCCCUUAUGGGAAGUGGUUCUGGCAGUGGUUCUAUAUAUUCACCAACAGAGCCUGGUGGAUUAGGUAAUUCAAGGUCAUGGUUUACCUAUCAAGAACUAGUGCAAGCCACAAAUGGGUUUUCAGCACAAAAUCUUUUGGGUGAAGGUGGAUUUGGUUGUGUAUAUAAAGGAUGCCUAGUGGAUGGGAGAGUGGUAGCAGUAAAGCAGCUAAAGAUUGGUGGGGGGCAGGGGGAGCGAGAAUUUAAAGCCGAAGUUGAGACUAUUAGUCGCAUACACCAUCGGCAUUUGGUUUCACUAGUGGGUUACUGCAUUUCUGAGAACCAAAGGCUGCUUGUCUAUGAUUAUGUCCCUAACAAUACCCUCUAUUUCCAUCUUCACGGAGACGGUAGGCCAGUAAUGGAUUGGGCAAUGCGUGUAAAGAUUGCUGCCGGUGCAGCUCGUGGAAUAGCUUAUCUCCAUGAAGACUGUCAUCCUCGGAUUAUUCACCGAGAUAUAAAGUCAUCAAAUAUUCUUUUAGACAACAACUUUGAAGCUCAGGUUUCUGAUUUUGGUCUCGCUAAAUUAGCUUUGGAUGCAAAUACACAUAUAACCACGCGGAUUAUGGGAACCUUUGGAUACAUGGCUCCUGAGUAUGCGUCAAGCGGCAAAUUGACUGAGAAAUCUGAUGUAUUCUCCUUUGGAGUUGUGCUUUUGGAGCUAAUUACUGGACGUAAGCCUGUGGAUGUAUCUCAGCCCUUGGGAGAGGAGAGUCUAGUUGAAUGGGCUCGACCUUUACUUAGCCAUGCUCUUGAUACUGAAGAACUUGAAGGGUUGGCAGAUCCAAGGCUUGAAAACAACUAUGUCAGUAGUGAAAUGUUUCGGAUGAUUGAGGCGGCUGCGGCUUGUGUUCGACAUUCCGCUGCAAAGAGACCAAGAAUGGGACAGGUUGUGAGAGCUUUUGAUAAUAUGGCCACCGCAGAUCUAACCAACGGAAUGAGAGUGGGUGAAAGUGAAAUAUUCAACUCUGCAGAGCAAUCUGCAGAAAUUAGAUUGUUUCAGAGGAUGGCGUUCGGUAGUCAAAAUUAUAGUACAGAUUUUUUUACACAAAAUAGUUGGAAUAGUUAAAGAGGAAUAUGGUAAAUAUUGGAAGAGGUGAAAGCAUUUUGAAUCCAGAGGGUUUGAUAAAGCAAGCUGAAUUGAAUUGGUCUUGAUGUAUUUGCAAAGGGGCCUCAGCUGAGAUGUGCUGAUUUUGUCUGGUGCAGGAUAAAGAGUCCGAAAUUCAAACCCUUGAUUGGAUUUUGUAGGGUAGGUUCUAUUUCUGCUUAUGCAUAUAAAAUAAGCAUUUUUCUUUACCUCAAUUUUUUUGUUCUUGUAAGUAAAUAGUUCAAAGUUAUUGUUUUCGGCAAUACAGUAUUCAUUGUUUU